AUGACUAAGGUUCACAUCAUUGAUGUUGAGAGUGGAAAUUUGAGAAGUUUGAAUAAUUCCAUUGAGUACAUUGGUGACUAUGAAGUGGUUUAUAUUCGUAAUCGCGAUGAUUUCAGCACAUUGGACAAAGAGAUCACUCAUUUGAUUUUCCCCGGAGUUGGAAACUUCGGUCACUUCGUGAGAGAGCUCAUUAAACGGGAUCUUAUGGAGCCAGUUAAAAGAUAUGUCAACGAAGGUCGGAAGCUUAUGGGAAUAUGUGUUGGCUUGCAAUCACUAUUCUCUGAAUCAGAAGAAAGUGAGGGAAUAUGUGGAAUGAGCCUCUUGGACGUGAAAUUAACGAAGUUCGACACCAGUGAUCCUACCUUCAAAACUAGAGGUUUACUCAAAUCAGUUCCACACAUAGGAUGGAACACUGUCCACAGUUUGACACCUUCAAAGUCCGAUAGAUGCCUCUAUGGAAUGAAUACGCAGGACAAAUACUACUUUGUUCAUUCUUACGCUGCUAAAGUUGAUACGCCGAGGAUACAGAAUUUGAUUUCUAAAGCGGAAGAUAGUGGGUGGAGAUUUGGACUCUCAAAAUAUGGGUCCGAAACGUUCGUAGCAGCUAUUUCAAAAGGUAGCUUUUUUGCUACACAAUUUCACCCCGAAAAGUCUGGCGUUGCUGGCCUUAGAGUUAUAAAAGCUUUUUUGGAGGAUAGUGCUGAUGAAAUAAUAAACACCACUUCAAGCACUCCCUCUGGACUCCCAUCUCGGAGGAUUAUUGCAUGUCUUGAUGUCAGAACAAACGAUCAGGGUGACCUUGUGGUCACGAAAGGUGACCAGUACGAUGUACGCGAAAAAAGUGGUUCUUCGGAUGGGUCCGUGAGAAAUCUCGGUAAGCCAGUGGAACUUGCCCUCAAGUACUAUGAGCAGGGGGCUGAUGAGAUCACAUUCUUGAACAUUACCUCCUUUAGAGAUUCUCCCUUAACCGAUCUCCCCAUGUUGGAAGUUCUCAGGCAAGCAGCAAAGAACAUAUUUGUUCCAUUAACUGUGGGUGGUGGCAUCAAAGAUAUGAAGGACCCCGUGAGUCAAGAAAUGGUGCCCGCAUUAAAAGUCGCAGAAUUAUAUUUCGCUUCAGGUGCUGACAAAGUGAGCCUUGGAUCCGAAGCAGUGACAAUUGCUGAACAGUACUAUCAGGCGGAUAAAAUUAAAUCCGGAUCAACUGCUAUAGAGCAAAUUUCACACUGCUUUGGAAACCAAGCUGUUGUCAUAUCGAUUGAUCCGAAGCGAAAAUUCGUCGGCUCUCUAACGGAAACUUCCAUGCAAUGUAUUGAGAUAAGUGACCCAAGCAAAUUUGGUCCCAACGGGGAAAAGUAUUGCUACUAUCAAGUGACUUCUCAAGGUGGUCGGAAACUUCAUGAAAUUGGAGCUCUUGAAGUUUGUUUAGCAUGCGAGGAUCUUGGUGCUGGUGAAAUUUUGUUGAAUUCGAUAGAUCAUGAUGGAUCUAACAAAGGAUUCAACUUAGAGCUUUUGAGACAGGUGAAGGAGAACGUGUCUAUUCCAGUAAUUGCCAGUUCGGGUGCAGGUUGUCCAAGCCAUUUUGCGGAGGUAUUCGAGAUGGACUGUGGAAUUGACGCAGCUUUAGGUGCUGGAAUGUUUCAUCGUGGGGACUACAAGGUUGCGGAUGUAAAAAAGUACCUACUCAGUCAGGGAAUGGACGUUAGGUCAGAAAUGGAUAUGUCAAUAUGA